AUGACUGUCUUUGUCGCUACGCUCUUUCUGCCCAAGACAGUUCACUUCAACCUGCCUGGCAAGCCCGGCACCGCUACGCCAGCCCCCGAGCGCUCAGAACGAACGAAGAAGCCGGGCCCUUCCACCCUCACCGGCGCCGACAAACCCAGUCUCUUUACGCCUCUCCCCGAAGUGACACCUCCUGAUACCCCAACCGAAGAACACGGAUCGCAAGACCUGUUUGCCAACGAAGAUGGCUUCCGCAUCCCUCUCUCCGACGACGGCAACGAGAGCGUCGACGCCGGUAUGCCCGCCGACAAGGGCUCCCCCCGAUGGGGUGGCAGCGCCAACCAGCCAAAAUCCCGAGCGAGCUCUCCGCCGCCAGCGCUGAUUGCUGAGCACAGUCGGACCCUGGAGAAGGCGCGUGAGCUCGGCCGCCAGGGAGUCAUUCAGCCCCGUGCUAUUGCUCGCAGUGACAGUCAUGAUCGCGUCUUUGCGCACGCCAAUUGGAAGAUUGUCAACGCGGAUCAGGGGAACGGCGGUCUGCGCAAUGCUGCCGACGCCGCCGCUCGUGACGGUAAAUUGGGCGACUACACUUGGGUUGGAACUCUCGGCAUGCCUACCGACGCACUCGAAGGAACACAGCAGAAGCAAGACAUCGAAGACCACCUAGCGACCGAUCACGACAUGCUGACAGUUUUUGCUUCCGACAAGGACUUUGAUGGCCACUACUCACAUUUCUGCAAACAAAUCCUCUGGCCAGUCUUUCACUACCAGAUCCCAGACAACCCCAAGAGCAAGGCUUUUGAGGAUCACUCUUGGAAAUACUAUGUCAAUGUCAACCAGGCGUUUGCGGACAAGAUCAUUGCCAACUGGAAGCGCGGCGAUGUCAUUUGGGUGCAUGACUACCACUUGCUGCUCGUGCCCGGCAUGGUUCGCCAGAAACUACCCGAGGCCAAGAUUGGCUUUUUCCUGCACGUUGCAUUCCCUUCCUCCGAGGUUUUCCGAUGCCUCGCCGUGCGCAAGCAGCUUUUGGAAGGCAUGCUAGGUGCAAACCUCGUCGGCUUCCAAAUUCAUGAGUAUGCUCGUCACUUCCAGCAGACAUGCAGUCGCCUUUUGGGUGCCGAGGCCACGCCCGACGGCCUUCAGCUCGAGGAUCGUUUUGUCGAUGUCGUGAACUUGCCAAUUGGAAUUGACCCGGUCUACAUUCGGGAGCGCCGCGCCAACAACAGCGUGAAGAAGUGGAUCGAGACCAUCAGAGAGAGGUACAAGGGCAAGCGGCUCAUUGUCGCCCGCGACAAGCUUGACCACGUUCGAGGUGUGCGCCAGAAGCUCCUCUCGUAUGAGCUGUUCCUCAACAAGAACCCGCAGUGGCGCAACCAAACGGUCCUCAUCCAAGUGGCCAUGUCGAGCAGCGAGAAGAGCGACCUUGACGCCGCCGUCAGUGACAUUGUCACCCGUGUCAACUCGUCGUGGGCCAAUCUGGCAUAUCAGCCGGUCGUGUACCUCAAGCAGGACAUUGACUUCCCGCAGUACCUCGCACUUCUGACGUGCGCUGACGCGCUCAUGAUCACGAGCCAGCGCGAGGGCAUGAACCUGACAUCUCACGAAUAUUUGUUCUGCCAGGAUGGCGAGGUUCUGCCGGACAAGAAGCACGGCUCUUUGAUCCUGUCCGAGUUCACAGGCACAUCAUCCCUCUUCGGCGGCCACGAGCUCGCCGUCAACCCCUGGGACUACCGCGCAUGCGCCGAUGCCAUCAAGCAAGCGCUCGAGAUGAGCGAUGAGGAAAAGGAGCGACGCUGGAACAAACUCUAUGAGGCCGUCAUGCAUCACACGGGUUCGCACUGGUUCUCCGAGUUCCUUUCGCGUCUUGACCUUGUGCACGAGGAGCAGCACAAGCGCGACCAGACGGCGGUGCCGCGUCUCUCGAUCGGCACGCUCACGCAACGGUACAAGCGCAGCGAGCGACGUCUCUUCAUCCUCGACUACGAGGGCACACUAGUCAGCUGGGGCCCGAUGAACCAGAUUAUCCCUGUCAGUCCUCAGCGCACGGUCGAUGUACUCAAUGACCUGCUGCUUGACGAUCGCAACACCAUCUACGUCAUGUCUGGGCGGCGACCCGAGGAGCUCGACCGCACUUUCCGGCGCGUGCCGAACCUGGGCCUCAUUGCGGAGAAUGGGUGUUUCCUCAAGGACUGCGGCAAGAGCACGUGGCAGGUGAUGGCCGACGCCGAGCAGAUUCGCAGCUGGAAGGCGUCAGUCAAGUCAAUCAUGACGUACUACCUCGAGCGAACGCCAGGGGCCGUGAUUGAGGAGCGUCGCUGCAGCCUCGUGUUCCACUACAAGGGCGCCGAAGAUUAUGAUUCUGCGGCGCGGCAGGCCAGCGACUGCGCCAGCCACGUCAACGACGCGUGCGAGGCGCAGCGCGUGCACGCCAUCCCUCUCAACGGGUGCAUCAUUGUCGAACCAAUCGACUGGACCAAGAGCACGGCGGCGGAGCACAUCUUUGAGGACCUCAAGGCGGGCAUGGCGCCUGACGAACAGCACAAGGGCCCGGUCGACUUUCUCAUGGUCGUGGGCGACGGGCGAGACGACGAAAAGGUGUUCAAGUGGGCCAACACGCUUGCCGACGAAGGCGUGGUUAAGGAGGUCACAACGGUGACGCUGGGCAAGCGUGGCAGCACCGAAGCGACGGCGACCCUGACGCAGGGUGUCAGUGGUGUCCUAUCCGCCCUCGAGCGGCUUGCGUCUAUUUAG